AUGAACAAAGGAUUGAGUUUGGGAGUGCUCGAGGAAGGGAUCGCUGAGCCGCUCCAGGUCGCUCAAUACGACUUGAACCUCGCCGGUCCAAUCAAGGCAAUCAAAAAGGUUGAACACUUUGAACGGAUCUGGAAUCAGAUGGAAUCACUGAAAUUCGACGACAAACAAGACACUGGACAAGCAAGCGAAACCCAGCCUCCGCCUCCAGUCAAUCCCUCAGCUAUUGAGCCAAAAGAUUUGUGCGCGAUCUGUGAACGCCCAGUCCUUGAUGAAAGUUUCUCCUAUCGAUCAUCCUGCUCGAGCCGUUACCAUCAAUUUUGUUAUCUCACGAUCUUUUACAUCUCCGAUGUUCCAGUUCACCCAAUUCACUCAUAUUGUCUACCACUUCAACUCGAGUUUUUUGAGGAAAACGCCUGGAAUCUCGUGGCCGAAUACAAGAAAGGGAUCAUAGAUGUAAGCGAAUGGAAAGUCAAGUCACAGACAGAGCCCGAAAUUGUGAUUCCGCCAGAACUCGUUGAUAUGGGGGAAAUAGAGGACGAGGACGAAGACGACUUUGCUAACUCCGAAGGUGAUGAUGGAGAAGCCAACUACCAGCAGGACCCGUGCGCUGUUUGUGGUGGCUCGACCUUGGAGCGCGGAGAUUUCCUCUUGGGAUGCUACGAGUGCCGGAUGAGUCGUUGUCACCACUCGUGCAUGACGGACGCCGAACGGGAAAUCAUCCGAACAACGGGUCGCUGGUGGUGUGAGAAUUGCAAAGAGGAGGGAAAUACUUUUCUCCAUCAUUUUGACUUGUUCCGG